UGGCCCGCGCUCCGAAAGUCACGUAAGCCAUGCUUUUGACCUUAAAUCCAGCCCGCAGCAUCAACGCAGCGAGAGGGAGAUACCAUUAACGCGGGUGCAUAACUCCUCCUCGUGCAAGUGCAUCAGCAUCAGCGAGAAGGUAAACAAUUUGGCUCAAUUAUCGUCGUGCACCUUGUCGGGGUUGGAGGCUGUCGAGUGGGCUACCGUUGUCUUUCAGAAAUUAACGAAAACAGUGAAAAACGCGAAUAGUUUUGUGAAAACCAUUUGGUAUCGAACCGUAAGUGAUUUGAGGUCAGAUCCGUGAAACGAUUUUACUCCGGAACGCAACGGAAGCGCCUGUGUUUGAUCGAAGCAACAGCCGCCUUUUGUGUUUCAAAACCAAAAGUGUGUUUCCCCGUGCGGUACGGUAUCAUCAGCAGUGCGUGUUACCAUGGCAGCGGUCGAUGUGGAGCAACUGCCACCGUCGACGCUUGGUGCUGGCUGCGACGUGAAGAUAGUGAAGGCAAAGCCCGUCCGGAAGGUGUUUAAGGGUGCAUCGCGGGUUAUCAACAAAAUUCCACCGGAGCUGCUGAACGAUCCGGCGCUGAAUGCCGCGAUUGCGGCCCUGCCGGCCAAUUACAACUUCGAAAUCCACAAAACUAUCUGGCGUGUCCGGGAAACGAAGGCGAAACGGGUCGCUCUGCAGAUGCCCGAGGGUCUGCUGGUCUAUUCGCUAAUGAUCAGUGACCUGAUCGAGCGGUUCACCUCGGCCGACACCAUCGUCAUGGGCGACGUAACAUACGGGGCCUGCUGUGUGGACGAUUUCACUGCCAAGGCACUCGGUGCCGAUCUGCUGGUGCACUACGGUCACAGCUGUCUCGUACCGAUCGAUCAAACCACCGGCAUCAAGGUACUGUACGUGUUCGUGGACAUCAAGAUCGAUGCUCUGCACUUCGUCGAGAGCGUCAAACGGAACUUUCCCCCAGGUCGAAAGCUAGCCUUCGUCAGUACGAUCCAGUUCGUGGCCACACUGCACGCCGCGGCCAAAGAGCUCCGCGAGGCACAGUACGAUGUCGUCAUACCGCAGUCGAAACCGCUCAGCCCGGGGGAGAUAUUGGGCUGCACAGCACCCCGAUUGGCCGGUGAAGGAGAUGAAGGUCGCACCCUGAUCUACCUGGGCGAUGGACGAUUCCACCUCGAGGCGGCCAUGAUCGCGAACCCUUCGCUCGAGGCGUACAAGUACGAUCCGUACGAGAAAAAGUUCACACGCGAGCUGUACGAUCACGCUACGAUGCGGCGCAACCGGAAGCAGGCGAUCGAUCAGGCACGCGAUGCAACCCGGUUCGGCCUCAUUCUCGGUACACUCGGUCGCCAGGGUUCGACGAAGGUGCUGGAGCAUCUGCAGCGCCGACUGGAGCAUCACGGUCGUAAAGCGGUCGUGAUUCUGCUUUCGGAAAUCUUCCCCGAUAAACUCGCCCUCAUGGACGAUGUUGACGCAUUCGUACAGGUUGCAUGUCCACGAUUAUCCAUCGAUUGGGGUACAGCAUUUACGAAACCGCUGCUCACACCAUACGAGCUGUCCGUGGCGCUCGGUGAUGCCGAGUGGAAGAUACCGGAGUGCACGGCAGCAAGUGACCCGAAGCCGAAAACGGCACCCAAUCUCGAGGUCAGCUAUCCGAUGGACUUCUAUGCCAACGCGAGCCUCGGCGAGUGGACACCGAACUUCAAAAAGCUGGACAUUUGCGCAAAUUCCGACGGUGGUUGCUGUGGACGGUGUAAGGAUGAGAAGGAUAAGGAAGACAAACUAACGGCUGCUAGCACAAAAGUGGAUGCCGGUAAGGCUGUAACGGAAGAGAAGGAAGAAUAGAAUAAGGAGCUAGGAACUGAAUCAUUGCUACUGCCACGAUACAGGACAGGCGGAGGAGGAGUCUGAUUUACUUUAAACGACUGUCGACAUGACCAAGCGCUGCUUAAUUGUAUCUCACACCACGGGGAUAUACUGACACUGUAAAUAGCUAUAGCCAAGAUAAAUAUAUAUAUAUCUUCGUAACGAUGUGCUUUUGUGAAUCUUACCACGUCGUUUCAUUUUUUCCUUUGUGUUGGGGAUUUAUAUAAAUGUCUAGGUUGCAUCAUCGGCUAACUGGUUUCCAC